UUUAUGCUUACAAAAAUGUAUUUGGGAUGCUGAUUUACUGAUGCUCGUGCCUUUACUUGUUUCAGGUCUACAGGUGCGCCUGCAGGUCCAAGCACUGCCUCUGGCAGUAAUCGGAGGCUUCAGCAGACACAGAAUCAAGUGGAUGAGGUGGUGGACAUCAUGAGAGUCAACGUGGACAAGGUGCUGGAAAGAGAUCAGAAGCUUUCUGAGUUAGAUGACCGUGCAGACGCACUGCAGGCAGGAGCUUCCCAAUUUGAAACAAGUGCUGCCAAGUUGAAGAGAAAAUAUUGGUGGAAGAACUGCAAGAUGUGGGCCAUAGGGAUUAGCGUUGUCGUCAUCAUCAUCGUCAUCAUCGUCGUGUGGAGUCUGUCUUCAUGAAGAACCAGCAAGACAACGGCCUGCUGUUCCAGAAACCUGUUCAAGGCUUUGACCUAGAACCUGCUAUAUAUAUCAUCAAGCUUACAUACUAUAAUAUCUAAAAUGAUUAUUUUCUGCUAGUUAGUGUAAAGUUUGAGUUUUAGGAAAUGUGCCUUUUUUUAACAUGCACUCCAAACUAGAAGUGUCGUCAGCCCAGCCCAGUUUUGCACAGUGCCUUUACAAAUUUACAUAUGGGCUGAUGGAAGGACUUCCUGAGUUCCAGAGUGCUAUCACCUAGAAGUAGCAUUGUCUGAGUCACCGCCAUGAAUUCCCAAUUAAGGGAAUUUUUUUCCAGGUUCGCUAUCCUCAUCACAUGACCUUAACUUCAGAGCCACACUUUAAACCUUUGGGUAAUCAGAUUUCCAGUUUGUGCCUUACAGAGAGAACACUAGUCUGUCUCAAAUCUGUGACAAUGCCAGUCUGUGCCUUACUUUGCUCCCUUUCUGAUUCCCUAUAGAGAACCCUCUACUUUUAUAAGCACUACUGACUCUCUGUAUUUAAAACAAGAUGCUGGUAAUGUUCUUACAUUAGAUACAAAGAUGUUUACUUGUUAUUGUUUUGUAUCAUUUGCUAAAAAUAUUUUAAUCGGAAAUAACCUCUUUAAAACAUUUUUAUAGAACUAUGGCUGUGACCAAAGUUUCUAUUUUUGCCAAAAAAGUUAAAUCCCAAUAAAAUGCCCUUGAGUCUGUUCCUGACAGGUAAAUUCCAAAAAGUGACCAGUGGAACUCAAGGUACCCUUCAGAAUUAAAGUUGUAAUGUUAUUUGUGAAGCUUCUGCAUCCUGACAGGCUUUUCUUACCUUAAAAUACUGUAGGUGGUACAGCUCCCCUUCCUAUUCAGCAUUUGUCCUGGGGUUAAGAGAAGGUGCGAGCUAGAGCCUAACCACCUCAUACCUGGAGACAGAUUGCAGAACACCAGCUGUGGACUCCAGUAUGUUUCUGAGACUUACGUGAGCAACAAUUUUGUAGCCUUCAAGCAAGACCAUCUGAACUGGUCAUUAUUUGGCCCAGUCCUCAUAGACUGAAGCUUUUUGGAGCUUGUUUCUGUUUUUAAUCAUAUUCCACUUCCUAAGUCUGUCUUCUAAAUUAUAUUUUCAGUUAGCAUUGGUCAGGGGUGGCUGACUUUUCAGAGGAUAGCUAACCAGAGACACUUCCUUUCUUCCAUGUCAUAGACUGCACAAGGUGAUGCUUUGUAAAUAGCUGUUGUCAUCUGAGAGACUUUUGUUGAGACUUUCCACAUGAGGCUAUGUGGCUCAGGGUGGGGAUUCAGGUAUGAAUGAAGACGGGCAAGGAGGCACUGGGGGAAGCGCAGAGCUUUACCGCUCUGGCCCACGGGACCGGGUAUUCUAAGGCUCGUUUUCAUGAGCUAGGAUGUGACUGACAAAGCAACAGCAGUUGACAGGGUUCCGUUUCUUUGGUAUCCCCUGACAGCACUGAAUUGAUACAAAGUUGAAAACAUGCCCAGCUGUGAGAAAAAAGCAGCUGCCAGUGUCAGGACAUUAGGCCCCUCAGCUCAGGGUCUCUGGCCAAGUCUGACGUUAAAACUUUGGUGCUCUCUCCUUGGCCUUAUGCUCAGUCCCAUGUAACCCACCAGCGCCUGCAUUAACCCACCAAUACCUCGCUCGCAUCUGUGCACUUAGCUGGGAACUUGCCCACUGUAAUGACAUGAAUAAAGUGUUUAUAAACAUAA